CUAUAAAACGCUACUCGACGACUACCAGCACUGGGAACAAUCACCUUAGGUCCCCUAUCUCUCGGUCAAGGCUUAAUGUGAUAGCUACGGAUUAACAUUAUCCACAACGCCUCAUUCAGCAAACAGAACAACCAACUCAUCCCAACGCCAAGCUACGGCGAGCCAAUCGAAACAUGGAUUCGUCCAAAAACAAGAUAAUGCCCACCGCAGCAAUCCAAGCAGCCGCAAUGCCCUCACUAUACACUUCCAUGCCCCCCACUCCCCAAAUCAACAUCCUAUACCUCGCCCCCGGCCAAGAAAUCAUCACUCCCGACCAACUCAGCGCAUCAAAUCCAGAAAUGUUGCCCAAUGUAGGCCCACAACUCGCGAAACUAUCCCCAUCAGUAGUAGUGAAAUACGGUACCCACGCGUCCCUCAUCGAAGCCAAGAACAUGCUAUACAUAGCUGAGCGAACAUCCAUACCCGUCCCCAAACUAUUUGCAGCUUAUGCAUACGGGCCUCUGGACAGAGAUGUGGGGGAUUACGGGAGCGUGUAUGAUACGUAUAUUUUCAUGGAGUUUAUCGAGGGUGAGGAUCUGGGGAAGGCGUGGGGGGGAUGCACGGAUGCGGAGAAACAAGUGAUCGCGACAGAUUUGAAAAAGUAUAUGACGGAGCUUCGCGCUCUGCCCGCGCCUGGGUACAUUGGGUCUGUGCAUGGGGGGCCGGUUACGGAUGUUAUAUUGGAGUGGUCGACGAGUUGUAAAGGCCCGUUCAAAUCCGAAGAAGACUUCAACGCUACGAUCGCCGAAACCUAUAUCGCCAACUCAAAACGCCAGACUGGUAUUGGUCCCUUCAUCCGCGGCAUGAUUAACGCACACAAGCAUGACAUUGUCUUCACGCACGGGGACCUUAGACCUGCUAAUAUCAUCGUCAGGGAUGGUCGCGUGGCGGCGAUUGUUGACUGGGAACUGUCGGGGUGGUACCCCGAGUAUUGGGAGUUCGCGAGGGCGUUUUAUAUCGAGACUUUUGUUACUGAUUGGGCGUCGCAUUUACUGGGUGUUCUGAAGCCGUAUUAUUGUGAGCAGGUGAUGUAUGAUAAGUUGAUGGGUUUGUUGUGGUAGAUGAUGAUGGAGCUGGUGUCAGCGGUGGAGAACACUGGGGUAUGAGAUCGUGUAAAUUGCCUCGCAGCUUUAGGGUGUAGACUACAUAGAGGAAAGACUGUGUUCUACCUUGCGUUGAAGUGUAGAAUGGAAGGUAAAACUACAUAUGAUAGUAUACAUCUUACACCGAUUUGCAGAUUUAUAAAUAAUAUACAGAGAGG